AUGGCCUUCGCCGCCACAUCCACCGCCGCUAGAUCUGUUUCCCUAUCAACCUCCGCCCGAAACGCCGCCCGGCUCGCCUCCGAGGCCAAAGCCGGUCGUUCUCCCUUUCGCAUGAAAACCAGACACCCACUCUCAUCUCGAAUCCUCAGGUGUCCAGUUGAAAUGAGUGCGUGCGUGGAAACGAUGCAACCGUACCACACUGCAACUGCUUCGGCGUUGAUGACUUCCAUGCUCACCAUCUCUCGCCGUGGUUACGGUUGCCUUCCCGAAG